AUGUCAUCAUCAUCUACUAAACCAACACCAUUAAAUUCUACGCCAGAGAUUCUUCUUCGUAAGAGAAGAAAUGCUGAUAGAACCAGAUUGGAAAAGCAAGAAUUAACCAGAGAAAAGCAAGCCAAACAAAAGAAACUCAAAUCUCAAAAGAAAAACAGGUUCAUUAGAGCAGAAACAAUUGUUGCUACCACUCUAGCAACUACUAGAGAAAAGGAACGUAUUAAGAGAAUGUCUAUAUUAGAGACUAAGAAGGCUAAAAAUGAUGUCGAUAGAUUACCUUCUGAUAAAGAUUUCAUCUUAAAGAUUACGGAACGUCCUCAUAAAGAGACUGAAACCGAAGCUGAAACCCAAACCGUCGAAGAAGAAGAUGAAGAUGACAAUUUGAUCAAGGAAAAAAUUGAAUAUGAUGGGAAGGAUACUUUAUUAUUCGUUAUUAGAGUUAAGGGCCCCACCGCCGUUAAUUUACCUCAUAAAGUGUUCAAAAUUUUGUCCCUGUUAAGAUUAGAAGAACUUAACACUGGUGUUUUUGUUAAAUUGACCAAGAAUGUUUUCCCACUUUUGAAAUUAAUCUCUCCAUAUAUUAUAAUUGGUACCCCAUCUUUAAAUUCUAUCCGUUCAUUGAUCCAAAAGAGAAGUAGGAUACUUUAUACCGGUGCCAAAGGUGAUGAAGAACCACACUCCAUUGUCUUGAACGAUAAUAAUAUCAUUGAAGAUAAAUUGGGGGAACAAGGUAUCAUUUGUAUGGCAGAUAUUAUUCAUGAGAUUGCAACUUUGGGCGAAAACUUUCAAACUUGUAAUUUUUUCUUACAGCCAUUCAAAUUAAACAGAGAAGUCUCUGGUUUCAGCUCAUUAAAUAAAUUGAGAAAGAUUAAACAAAGAGAAAAUGAAUCAAAGAUCCGUCAAUUCUCCAAUGCCUCAACUGCUCCAAUCAUUCAAGUAGAUAUUGAUUCUUUAAUCGCCAAACUAAAUUAA